GCCACGGAGUUUGGUGUUUUCCACUCGCUACGAAUUUUCCGACGGCUAACUUCGUAACCGGUGCGGUUUUGACGUUUUAUUUUAUUACACCUAAAUAUUGUGAUUUGUUUCUUAUUUCCUUUGGUUUCGUUUGAGUUUGUUCUACAUCACGUUGUCGAGGGACGGUAAAACGUACUAGCCAGUCGUUUAGGCUGGUCAUGUUUGCUUCUUCUUUCACCGUUCUAUCAAGUUAUCACAAUUCCUAAAACACGCCAAAAAACUCCAAGAUGUGUUCGAAAACGAAGAGAUAAAAAGUACAGAAAGGAUAAGAGUCCCACGAUGUUCUCAUUGGCAGAGGGAUGCGGUUGUGUCAGCUUCAGAGGAGGACGUCGUACGCGCUCUCUGGGCGACGACUCGUCCUCAUGUCGGAGUUCGGAGAUAGAGCAGGAGGUGCCCAAAAAAUUAGGGAAAAGAAUACUUAAGGGCGAAUGCACUAUGAAAGCACUCGCACCAUUUCUUAAAUUUUGGAAGAGAGAUGAAGUCAGUAUGACUAAAGCUGAAAGAACCAUGAAAGCCGCCAUACUAAUACAACAGUGGUAUCGGCGCUACCUGGCCCGCAUGGAGGUGCGUCGGCGCUAUACUUGGACGAUCUUCCAAAGCAUCGAGUACGCCGGCGAACAGGAUCAAGUAAAAUUAUACAACUUCUUUAACGCCUUACUGAGUCAUAUGAGGGAGACCAGUGGAAGGCCGUCCUCUGAGAGGACUUCAAGAACAGCAUCUGUCAUGGAACAGGUAUUUUCUGAGGAAUCAGAUGAAGGUGGGGGCGUUGAUGAGACUGCUCCUCCGAAAAGUUCUCGCGAUCCUGACAUCGAGUUCCCAUUGCAAAGAAAAGACAUAGAUCUGCUUAUUGAGAUAUUUAGAAAGAAGAAGCACCGUUUGCAUCCGAAGCAAGUGGCUCAAAUUUUAAAGGAGGCAGCCCAGAUGUUGAAGAGAUUACCAAACAUAAACGUUGCGACGACUUCGAUUUCAAGUCAAAUCACUAUUUGCGGAGACCUGCAUGGCAAACUAGACGAUUUACUAGUAAUAUUUCACAAGAACGGGUUGCCGUCGCCGGAGAAUCCAUACAUAUUUAAUGGAGACUUUGUAGAUCGAGGCAAGAAAGGACUGGAAGUGUUUCUCCUGCUGCUCGCAUGCAUGUUGGCCUUCCCCGGGGGAGUUUAUUUGAAUCGAGGCAACCACGAGGAUCUCAUCAUGAAUACCAGGUACGGCUUUAUACGGGAAGUCCAUCAAAAAUAUCGGCACAAUGCGGAACGCCUUCUGAAGCUGAUCGAGAACGUAUACCGCUGGCUGCCUCUUGGGACCAUCAUCAACAACCGCGUGUUUGUCGUUCAUGGCGGCAUUUCGGACACGACUGACUUAGAUAUGGUGCGAAGCCUAGAGCGGGACAAGUACGUAUCUCUUCUGCGGCCGCCAAUGAACGAAGGCGCGGCGCCGGGCGCCGAAGGUAUUGAUAAGGUGGAAUGGAAGCAGGUAUUUGAUAUUCUCUGGUCGGAUCCUCAAACUGUUGGAGGUUGCGUUGCCAACGCCUUGCGAGGUGCCGGAACGUACUUUGGACCUGACGUAACUACCACCUUCCUAAGCAAGAACAAACUGAGUUUCAUUGUCAGGAGUCACGAGUGUAAACCUGGAGGAUACGAAAUACUGCAUAACGGGAAUGUGAUCACAAUAUUUUCGGCAUCAAACUACUACGAACUGGGUUCUAAUAAGGGAGCGUACCUCAAACUCUGCGGAAACUCUCUGGACCGCCAAUUCGUUCAGUACACUGCAGCAGUUUCCCGCACUCGUCGACUCACGUUCCGCCAGAGAGUGGGACUGGUUGAGUCAUCUGCGAUGAGGGAGUUGCACAGCCAGAUAAUGACAGCACGCAGAACUCUAGAAGCCACUUUCCGAAGUAUGGAUAUGGAUCAGAGUGGUUAUAUAUCCAUCAGUGACUGGUGUUAUGCAAUGGAGGAGACUACGCAGCUUGGGCUGCCGUGGAGGAUGCUCAAGGAUAAGCUUGUCCGUACAGACCCUGAGACUCGCCUCGUUCGGUACAUGGAUACAUUCGAUCUGACGUCUAACCGUGUAGGACGGAAGUCUGAUGCUCAAACUGUCGUCGAGACGCUCUACAAAAACAAAAGAAGUUUGGAGGCGAUUUUUAAAAUCCUUGACAAGGACAAUUCAGGUUACAUAACAUUAGAGGAAUUUUCCGAAGCAUGCCAAUUGCUGGGUAAAUAUAUGCCAAAUCCGAUGACCCAAGAACAGCUGGUCGACAUUUGCAGAUUGAUGGAUAUAAAUAAAGAUGGUUUAGUUGACCUCAACGAGUUUUUAGAAAGCUUCAGGCUUGCAGAGAAAAGCUUGCACGAGGAAGAACACAUGAUGGCUGAGAUUAAGGCUUCCUGACAUGAGCUAGACCGCUAUCCUAGCAGGACAGCGGUCGAUAAAGACGAGACUGAGGUCGACAUCGAACUACUCAAACUGGAUGAUGCUUCUAACAAUGUGCGCCCAAAAUACAAGAAAUCAGGAAGCCGAACAGCAGUAAAUAAGGAUGAAACCGGGGUUGACGUUGAAGUACUGAAUCUAGAUGGAGAUACACAUCGGAAACAUAACAAAAAUGGCCGGGCACACUUGAUGGGCGAUGUUGCGAGUUCAUCGAGAGAUGUGGAGGAAAUUGAGUUAGUUGAUUAUAACAGACAUAAACGACCAGGCCUUCUAGAAAGUGACAUUUAAAUACUGCCGAUCGGAAGCACUAUAUUUCCAAGGAAGUUUUGAUUUUAUAAUGAUAUGCCCGUAGUGUAAAACAGAAAGUGAUAAAGUUAUAAGUUUGAGAAAAGAUUUUGUACAAUAAACUUAAUUUCCAUGAAAAUAAUCAUUAUUGAAAAAAGCCGAAUUCAGAAUAACUAAUUUACAAGUGAUCUCGAAUAGAUUCUGAAAACGGAGAAUUGUUUUAAUACAAUUAUUUUUCAUAG